GUUAUGUUUGUCUUUCAUCGCGAUGCUAGAGGAUGUCCAGCCACUUCUGGGUUGUUGUGUCAGCUUUGCACUGCCACUCGCCCUGAUAUGAGUUCCACUACAUGAGUGAGAGCAAGCUUGCACGUUUGUCUCUACAGCCCUGUUUUGCCCACUUUUUCCCAAUCCAUAGCAGAUUAUCUGUUGGACAUACAUCCGAAGGCAGAUACGGAAACUCAGUAGCCUCCAUCGGAGGUUGUGUCCAAAACUGUGGUGGUAUCCAGUAGAUGUUCUAGCGGGUCGCCACCAUUUACACAGAUAACCCAACGAGUCAAAUGCUGAAAGUUCCGCUGAAUAUCGAAAACAUGGAUCAUGCUCGAUACCCAAGCGAGACCCAGAAACUUGAAUACACGCCUUUGGAACCUAGAAGCAUUCGUGUGCUUCAACUUCGACCAGGUCCUCGGUCUGCUCGGCUUUGUGGCGACUUCAGGGUUAUAUCAUUAGAUGAUGAAGCCUUCAGUAACCAAUAUUCUGAACAUGACCUUCGAUGGAGCAAUGACGGUGUUCUUGACUUCUUCGGCGAACCGAAACUCGUCUUGGACAACGAACUGGAAUCCGUGUUUUAUGAAGCUCUGUCCUACAUGUGGGGCGACCCAGCCCCAGUUGACACAGUACUUAUCUCAGGUAGAGUGUUGCCAAUCGCGGCCAAUCUCGCGACUGCCCUGUACCAACUACGAUACAUUGAUCGUCCUCUAUCAAUAUGGUGCGAUGCGAUAUGCAUCAGCCAAGACGACCUCGACGAGCGCGCCGAGCAAGUCCAGCUGAUGCGACGAGUGUACCAGCAAGCGGAUUGCGUACGAAUUUGGAUCAACGAUCCAACCGUCGAUAAGACAAGUGCAGGUAUCGCGGCUUUGCAGAACUACAGAAAUGCCUCGGACGAUCACGUUGAAGGACUAGGCUCUGAUCCUAGUCUCUGGGAUCAUGUGGUGCCAAUCUUCGAGAACCCAUAUUGGAACCGGGCAUGGAUACAACAGGAGGUUUUGAAUGCACGUCGGAUCGAGCUGCAUUGCGUUGAUAUCAUAGUUCCUGGUGAUUCGCUUGUCAAAUUCCAAGUUGCUUGUCGUCUGCAAAGUGAUGCUGUAUUGUUUUGGUCCAAAAAAGAUGACUGGAUGAACCUGUUGCGUUCACUGCAGAUAUAUAUCACUCCUGCUGCGCAUGACAUGGGUGAAUAUGUAGAUGGAGCGAGGUUCUGGUCACUUAUUGAGAUCAUCGACAGAUGCAAACGCCUAGAUAUGACCGACGGACGAGAUCGGGUGUACGCUGUCAUGCAUCUUGCGAGGGACUACGAGGACGGUGGCAUGGUCGUGGACUAUCACAAAUCAGAGACGGAAAUUAUGGUUGGCGCAAUUGCAUAUCAUGUGGGACAGAACCAGCACCUGAGGUUCCUGCACGAAAGUUUCCUGGGACAGGACGACACUCCUCGGGAUAUCCCAACAUGGCUUCCACGGCAAUGGUUAGGCAUGGAAGAGAAUUCAAGGUCCCUGUUUGAUCUCGAGAUUGGAGCAAUGGACACUCAAUGCUCGUCUCAUUCGAUAUCCGCACAAGAGAUGCGACUAAGAGCACGGGGUUUCCGAGUGGACAGUGUACAGCAGUCUUUGACCAAUGGUCUUUCAGCCUACGACAUGUCAACGAUACAAUUCUGGAGCUCUCCAUUUGCUAACUACCUUCUGGACUCCUCGGGUUUGAUUAUCAAAACACUGUCCCAGGAGCUGUAUAAAAUCCUCACACAUAGAUCUUCUUGGGAGGAGAGGCCUACUUACGAUGCAGUUGUAUCAGCGUUGUCCGUCUUCUUUGAGCUUACUCAAGACGAACGAUCUGCAAAUCGUGAACUCGGGUGGAGAGCAACUGGUGUUGCAGACUUGCUCACGGACACUGAUGACAUGGUUAGACUCGCACUAGAGGAUAUUGUUGGGGGCUUGUCAAGAAGAAUGGUAAUCAUGACAGAGAACCAGCUCUUUGGUCUUAUACCGAGGUGCGAAGUUCAAGAAGGGGAUGAGAUUUGGGUCCUAUUAGGCUGCUCACUUCAUGUUAUCUUGCGGCCAAAAAACGGCGUUUACUGGCACGUCUGUACAGCGUACAUACCGAAUUUCCUCGAACAUGCAGCCAUCAAAGACCUCUCGAGCGAUAUACAGCCCGGAGACAAGAUCGGUGACUGGACCGUCACCGACAUCGAACUGGAGUAGACCAUACUGAUAGCCGUCGCCAUGUCCUCUACCACUCCCAGCUUCGCACAACCUGGACAAUACUUCUCCACAUCAUCCGCCAACUUUCGAUACAACAAGUACUACGCACUCAUCGAAGGCCGCUCACUCUAAACUGUUUUUUAACGUCGAGUUACAUCUAUAAACGUUCCUUUCGUGUCC